GGGUUCUUGAGAGGGGGGAUUUAGGGUUUAUGUAAGAGAUAAUGAACACUCUGUUCCAGCGGCUUCUUGCGGUGCCCCUCACUCCCUCGCGCUUGCAGCUGCCGCAUUGCCGGGUAGCUCCAUCGACGCUCACAGGGGGGCGAUGUGGCUUUCGAUGGGGCACCGUGCGCUGCGCCGGCGCGGCGCCCUAUCCCCCCAAGACCAAGUUCCGCAAGAUGCACAAGGGGCGGUGUGAGGGGAUCCUGGGCGAUGGCAGCAAGCUCGCGUUCGGGACUUUCGGGAUCAAGGUGCUACACUCGGGGAAGAUAACGUACCAGACGAUCGAGGCUGCGCGGCGGGUCAUCUCGCGGAGGAUCAAGGGCAGCGGCCGGAUGUGGAUCCGUGUCAUUGCGAACUAUCCGGUGACGAGCAAGCCCCUGGCGACUCGGAUGGGGAAAGGCAAAGGCAACGUCUCGGGAUACGUCGCUCGCUGCAAAGCUGGGAAGAUCCUGUUUGAGGUGGAUGGCUUAGCUCCGGUUGCUGCGAAGGAAGCGCUCAUUCAAGCCGGGCAUAAGAUUGGCCUCCGGACCAAGAUCGUCGAGUGGUCGUGAAAGAGUUUUGCCAGGAGCUCUCGAUCGAUCAACAGCAACUGUAAGCUAAGAUUUUUUUUUUCUUGCUUCAAACUCUUGUGAAUCUCACCAUGAAAUACAGUCUUCUUUUUGGGAA